AGUUUUAUUAUCUUUAUUAUAUAAAUAAGUUUUUAAUGAUAUUUGUUAGAGUUUGAAUUAAUGCAUGCUUUUAAAUAAAACAGAACAUCAUAACAGCUUUACUGAAUUGGACUAAAAUUCUGUUUAGUCCUCCAUGUAUUUUUGGCUGUGACCAGUACAGUGCCUCCAGUGCACCCACAAAUAGAGCAAUAGCCCUUUUCUGUUUAUCCUUAGCAUCUGUGUUCAAUGGUGCACUUUAUCUGAAUGCUCCAUUCAUCUGUAAUUGUUGAAAGCAGUUAUGGACAAUGGGGCGCAUGCUUGUGGUCUGGCGCAGCGCAGCUUCUGCGUAAGCUGAAAGCUGCGUAUACUGCGCACGCGUAUGGUGCGGGCACACUGUAUUUUCUUAGCCUUCUCUCCCCCCCCCCCACACACACAUUGCACAGUAACCAUUUACCAUAGUCCCCUCCUCAUCCAUCCACUUUAGGGUGGGGACAAGCAGUUAUGUAUGACAGAAUUUUGUAAGUACUUUGACGAUAUUUUCCUUUGCUUUGUCCUUUACAUGCUUUCUUACAUGCUUCUAUGUUUUACCCUCAACUUAUCCAUGGGUCAUAACAAAAUCCAUAAUUUUGGCCCUCAAACCUGCCCUUGACUUAUACAUGAGGUCAACAUAAACACUAGCAUGUAUGGGAAAACCUCCUACUAAGAAGGCUAAAGUGCUACAAAAACAACCUUUAGUUGCUAAAUUAGCUGCAUAUGCUCAAUACCAAGCAACGGUACAGAACCAGUCAAAGACUAAAACAGCAUCUGUUCCAGUGGAAGGUUUCAGUUGGGGCAACUACAUCAAUAGCAAUAGUUUCACAGCAGCUCCUGUUAACUGUUUUAAACAUGCACCUAUGGGGACUUGCUGGGGGGAUAUCUCAGAAGGUGUACGUGUAGAAGUCCCUAACACAGACUGCAGCCUACCUACCAAAGUCUUCUGGAUUGCUGGGAUUGUGAAAUUAGCAGGUUACAAUGCUUUACUAAGAUACGAAGGCUUUGAAAAUGACUCAAACCUUGACUUCUGGUAUAAUGUCUGUGGUCCUGAUAUCCAUCCAGUUGGCUGGUGUGCAACCAGUGGGAAACCUCUAGUGCCACCUCGAUCUAUUCAACACAAAUAUACUAACUGGAAAGCUUUCCUGGUGAAACGACUAACUGGUGCCAAAACUCUUCCUCCUGACUUCUCUCAGAAGGUGUCAGAAAGCAUGCAGUAUCCCUUCAAGCCUUUGAUGAGAGUAGAAGUUGUUGAUAAAACACAUCUCUGCCGAACACGGGUAGCAAUUGUAGACAAUGUAAUUGGAGGCAGAUUACGAUUAGUAUAUGAAGAAAGUGAAGACAAAACAGAUGAUUUUUGGUGCCAUAUGUACAGUCCACUCAUCCAUCCCAUUGGUUGGUCCCGAAGUAUAGGACAUCGGUUCAAAAGAUCUGAUAUCACAAAGAAACAGGAUUCCUACUUUGAUGCACCUCCACAUUUAUUUGUUAAGGUAAAAGAAACUGAGUCAAGUGGAGAAUGGUUCAAGGAGGGAAUGAAAUUGGAAGCCAUAGAUCCAUUAAACCUCUCUGCAAUAUGUGUGGCAACAAUUCGAAAGGUGUUAGCUGAUGGCUAUCUUAUGAUUGGAAUUGAUGGUUCUGAGGCAGCCGAUGGAUCUGACUGGUUUUGUUACCAUGCCACCUCCCCUUCUAUAUUCCCUGUUGGUUUCUGUGAAAUUAACAUGAUAGAACUAACUCCACCCCGAGGUUAUGCAAAGCUACCUUUCAAAUGGUUUGACUACCUCAGGGAAACGGGUUCAGUAGCAGCUCCUGUGAAGCUCUUUAACAAGGAAGUUCCAAACCAUGGAUUUCAUGUCGCAAUGAAACUGGAAGCUGUGGAUCUCAUGGAACCUCGUCUAGUAUGUGUGGCCACUGUAACUCGCAUUAUCCACCGCCUGUUGAGGAUACAUUUUGACGGCUGGGAAGAUGAAUAUGAUCAGUGGGUGGAUUGUGAAUCUCCUGACCUCUAUCCUGUAGGAUGGUGUCAGCUAACUGGUUACCAACUACAGCCUCCUGCAUCACCUAAUAUUUCAGCAUCAAGAGAUAGCCAGUCAAGUUCAUCAAAGCAGAAGAAAAAGUCUAAGUCACAACAGUAUAAAGGACACAAGAAAAAGAGGAAGAUACCAGUUGGGAAGAAGCCUGUCAGUAUCUCGAGCGUCCCCAUGACAGGUGCGGUACGGAGGAGCUUCUCUGGUGAUGAAGAGUUGACUCCUCCUCAGUAUCGAACCCUUCCAGCACAGACAGCCCCGGAGGCCUGCCAGCCUCCCAGGACUAGCAGAGAGUUCAGUCCCAGCCUCAAAACAGUAUCCUCACUGCAGCUGAAGGAGGAGUUGCUAGAUGGAGAGGAGUACACUUUUCUUCAAGGAGCAUCUGAUCAGGAAAGCAAUGGAUCAGCCAGCUACUACAUCAAACAAGAACCCUAAGCACCAGUCGGGGUAGGAUGGUACAAAGAAAGAGCCUUGCUUCAGGCUGAAUUUCUCAUUCUGAUGAUAACAGUUUGAUGACUUCUACUUAAGGGCACUUUGCUAACUGCAGAAAAGAUUUCAAUUCAGAAUUUUUUGGAGGAUGAGGAAACUAUUUUAGUGGGAAAGAAGAUUUUUUCAAUUUAUUAAAAAGUUGACACUUGUGUUGUAUUUGAAGCUUUUAAAAGAAUUUUUGUAAUAUUUUCAAGUUCAGAUUUAUUGUGCAUUGUUUAAAAAUGAGAUUCUAAUUUUUUGGUAAAAUUUAAAAGCUUAAUUAUAGUAGGAUUGCAGGAAACCCUUUGAAGAAGGUGAGAUGGUAUAGUCGAAAACACGAACUGUUUGCAAUGAGUGAACCUUCUGGUACAAGCUGGGAGAUUCUGAAUUUUAAAGUUACACUAGUCAUACCCUGUCUUUUUCACAGUUACAUCACAAGACUCGAGUUUUAGAGUGGUGAAUACAUAUCAAAAUAAGUUGGGAGAACAGAAUCUGAAAUGCAUGUCUCCAGGAGGUAGCAACGUAACUGAUAAGAGCCUGCUUAAGCUUCUGGAUAACCAAGCUUUGGUCCAUCUAGCUGAAGGUCAUUGGCUCAUGGACUGGAUACAAGUGUUCAUCAGAUUUUGAAGUCUUGGAUGAUCAGCAAAGUUUUAAUUAGAGUGGUGAUCAGAUGGACAUGACUUUGGGACAUUUUUCCUUGUUCAAGGAAAGGGAGAUAGACUCAAAUGUCCCCCCACCAAGAUGAUAGUCUUGAUUUCAAAGGUGUUGCUACUGAAGAGGUAACAGCAGAAGAGAAAGACAGAAGUCUGCUCUGCUUUGGGACACAGCAUUCGUCUUCCCUAAGCUUGUUAUGAAUUAAGCUAGCUUGCCUCAAGAUGGCUUGGGUCCUGCUUUUGGCAUUAUAUUUUCUGUGAUUUGGCUGCUGUUGCUGUUGUCAAGCAAAAUGUUUUCACAAGUCUGUAAUGACUGGAGUGAUGAAUUCCCUAGAAUCUUUCCAAGAGAGUUACAUCUAUGUGGAUAUUAACAGAUGGCUUCAUUCACAGAAUUUAAUAUGCUGACAUUUCCACUCUGCAGUGUUGUGACAGGAUGAUGUGUGUCAAAGAGUUUUGCUUUUACCAGUAAGGUUCAUUAACUAAACUCUCAGGAAUUAACUGCUUAUGUUCUCUAACUGCUUCUGGGUAUAGUAAGUUAUCCUUAGAGAAGUGUAACUCAAAUUCUUGACUCUUUAAGGUAGGAUUUAGAAGAAAUUAAUCCUGUAGACCAGCCUCUACACUCUUUAAGGCUUUAUGACAAGCAACUUGCAAAGCCCCAGAAACAAUUGUUUUGGCAUAUAAAGGUUUGAAUUUUUAAAAUCGCAUAGAAAGUUGAAAACCAGCAAUUUUGAUUCUUUUCUUGAUUAUCUUGCUCUAUUGUUGGGUACAUACCAUAGGUGAUAUGCAAAGGUUUACCACAUUCUAUGCAAAAGGGGAUAAUGGUGUAAAUUUUUCUAGUAACUACUGGAAGUACAUUUUUUCUGUAUAGUAUAGGAAUGUAUGAACUGUUUCUAGCCCCCCCCCCUUUUUUUUUUUUUUUUGCCAUAUAGCUAGGCCAUUUUGGACAGUUGCUUCAUGUAUACAUAUUUUAAAAACUGAGUAUCGGAUGUCAAAUACUUGUGAAUUUAAGUGGCUGUUCCAUAUUUUUUCUUAAAAGAUGAUGUUUAUGAUUCACAGGAGUGGGAAGCGAUAUGGUCUUGACUAGGCUACCCUUUUCUCUUGGAUGGAAUGCUCUCCCCUUCUACAAGUGCUGCACUUCUUCAGUUUUAAAAGCAGCUCUUCAUGUCAGAAGAGGGCUGCUCUUGGAGAAGGAGAGCAAACAGCACACGCAUGAGCAUGCAGGUUCACUAGAUUACAACCAAUGUUUUCAAAAGCUAUAGUUGAGGUUGCCUUGAGAUCCCUUGGACUGCCUGCCUUCUUCUGAAACAUUUUUACUUGAGAAUAAUAUUCCUUUUAAGCCAAUGCCUUCCAAAACAAGGAUGACCCUUACCAUAAUAAGACCACUAUGUUUAAGGGUAGAAUUAUCUAAAAGCAAACUUAAGAUUCUAGAAAAAAUUGUAACUAAAACAUGCAGUCCAAUAUUCUUCCCAUAUGGAGGCGAGAUUCCCUCAGCCUUGCCCACACAUAAUAAAGGUGAUAAAUUCCAUACAUGACUGGCAGGGUCAAGACUGUAGUGCUCAAGGUCCAGCAUGUGAUACCUGUGUUUGUUAAAGAGUGUUUAAUUUCCAAGGACGUAAUUAGAAAUUGCACAAGUAUUUCUUCCGAUUACAGUAGGGACCAUCUGCAUACCUAAAUCUUUGCAAUGUGAAAAGAGAUUCAGAAUAAAGCGUACACUAGAGUCCUCUUUUAUGAGCAGCAGGCCAGCAUGAAAGCUUGGACUUGUGUAUAACUUCAUUCUCUUAUCUUCAUAAAAUCCAAACUUGAGCUUGAACCAUCACAACAUACAUUCUAGGUGGAGUUGCCCCCUUUUUUCCUGGCAUAAUGUUGCACCUUGAGCACCUGCCUGAUGGGCAGAAAUUGAGAAGGUUUCCUCUUCACUGCACAUUUUAUGCUAAAAAAACUUUAUUAAAUUUCUGCCAGUCAUGCAACUGUAAAAAGGCAGAGAACCUUUCUCAAGAUCAAAUGUGGCAACCCUCCUUCUACCUCGGUUGAAUAUGGCAGCUCCUGGAAAAUAUAUAUAGCCACACUUAAUCUGUGCCAUACGUAGCCCAGAAAAUUAACGCGAACAAGUCUCUCAAAAUAUCUUGCCGGAACUUAUACACCUGGAAUCAUGCUUCAGGGUGAUAAAUCUUGAUUUGUGCUAUAUUGCCAGUCCUCAGGUUUUUGAAGGUAGCUCUGCAUAUUUAUGUCAAUUUUGUGGCACUGCCAAUCUUUCUAGCUUUGUUCCAUUCCUACCUGUGGGUAGGAUAGUUAAUCCUGAUAUAUGUAUGUGCGUAUGACAGAAAUUUUAAGUAUGAAAUCUCUCUUUUGUUCUUAAAACCAAGUUCUAAUUUAAAUGUCAUGAAGCUUUCUGGAAUGAGCCCUUGUUCUACAUUAGUUGCCUCGGUCAUUUUCGUUCUCUGUGUUGAUUCUAAACAAUGUUUAUUUGUGGCCUCUUUUAACACAGCAGAUGAUUGGAUGACAGUGAGCUUUCUUAGUACUGGUUCAGUUGCUUUGGUAUGCAUGCAUUUUGGUAUUUACUUUAAGAACAUUCUCUUUCUAUUUUACUGUGAACAAAUUAACACAGAUCAGGAGGAUGCUGGGAUGGAAGUUGAUCAGGUGGUUGAGGUCUGUACUGAUGCUAAGGCCAGCUAAUAAUUUCAGUAUUUGGCAUAAGGCAAGAUUUAAAAUAAACAGAACAAGAAGGCACCACAAAGUGAGCUACAUCUUAAGUGCUCCUUCUUUCUACAGCUCAAAAUUUUACAGCUACCACUUUUUCAUGUUUUACAUUUUCUUGCUGAAUCUGAGGACAGCAAAAGCAGUUAUCAGCUUCUUGUUCUAUUGAUACUAACACGGGUUUCAGUGUUUGUUUGUUUUUAUUGUUGUCAUUUUUAUGUGAACACCUUCUCCCAUCAAUAUUUCUAUUAUGGUGCUAAUAUAUUUGAUAACAAUCCUUUAUUGGAAAGGGAUUAAAACUGUGAUUAAAUUGAUUUGUUCUUUUUACUUUUCAUAUUUAAGUAAGGCCUCAACCAUUUAUAAAAAAAAAAAAGAGGAAAAAAAGCAUCAGCUUCUGCUUGGAAAAACUGUUUCAGGGCAGAAGUUUUUAAAAAACAUAUUGGGUUUUUACAUAAUUUCUGUAUGUAUUUGAUAUAUAGAUCGAUAUCUGUAUAAAAUUAAUCUUUUAUUUUCUUGGUAACUUGUGUGGUCAAAUGGGAGCAUUUUAAAACCUCUAAUAAAAUGUACAUAACUCAGUGAAAAAUGCUUUUGAAAAAAUAAUGUUACUUUCAUUUUUACCAGACUGCAGAUUUUCAAGCAUGGAUGUGAAAAAAGCAUUAAAAAUAUAACUUUGUGUACAAGAUGAAAAUAAUUCACUAAAUUUGCCUUUUUUUACACAGAAUAAAAUGUUAAAGUAAAA